UCAUCAUGUUCAUAAAUAAGGUGACUCUAUAUCUGAUGCUAGCAAUUCAAAGCUACAGAAUCUCCGUUCUGUGUGAGCCACUGGUCUCACCGAGCCACGUGAAACAAGCAGCUUCUAAUCAGUCAUCCACUAACGAACGCUUUCGUUCAACUAGUCCGUAUGACAGUACGACGGCAGAAUACGUAAAUGACAACGAAAAGUACGACUUCACGAGAAUGAAAAUAAUCCAUAAAAUUAAAUCGUCAGUUCCCAUCAGUGUGCAGAAGGAUCCAACACUAAUUGAAAAGAAGACCAUGGAAAUAAAGCCACCAACUGAUUACAAUUCCAUGGUAAGAGAAAAUAGUGAUUCAGCUAGGAACUACGAGACCAGGCAAGCUUCAAAUGCUGAUCAGCAUGAGAAAUUUUUUGCCGAGUUCAGAGGGUCUAAAAAAUGCAGGGAGAAGUGCCGGGUCAAACAGGCAUCAGUGGAGCCGAGUGUACUCAUCACCCGGAAUGACGCUCCCACAUCACAUCGAUCUGGGUUAAAGAGGAUGAUGCAUCAUCACAUUCUGAAAGAUAAAAGAGGAGAAAAAGAGGAGAAUUCCGAAUUGAAGGGUAUCUUUAAUAAUCCUCCAUCGUCAAAUAUAAUUGGCCUAGUUUCCCUGACAUCUCCCGCUGAAGACGAUGCAACUCCUGCGGAUGAGUCAAACAGUGACAGCACUGUAAAUCAUAGAGUUCGUCGCCAGCUACGAUAUAUCCCAGUGACAAAAUAUGGAUUGAAUAAUCCAAAAUCCUUCCGAUUGCCACCCACAGAAAUCACCAAUGCCAUUAAAACUAAACGUCUACCAAACCCAGACCCAGGAUUUAUUCACAGUUUAUUGGGUGUCUUCGAUCACCCUCAUUCGGUUCUUGCACCUAAUGUUCGUCCCAUUAAACCCGAUGAAGUCAUAAUAACCCCAGUGCGCUACAUCGACGACGCUAAAAUAUUACCACAAGGAUUACCGCCAACAUCAUCUCCCCGUACAACACCCGAGGACACUCUGUUCGUGAAAAAUACGGUACGAAAUCCCAGCGGAUUUGGUGAAAGUGAGCGUGUGCUCACAACAGACACGAUAGGCAAAAAAAAACACACCGUAAUUAUUCACGAUCACUUUUUACCAACGGUGAGGCCCCAUACAAUUCCAAAAAUACCGUCUCAUCAUGGUCACUACUACGACAAUACACGAGUCCAAGACUAUCCCAAGAAUCAUCAAAUGCCCCCGAGUUUAAAAUCAAUGGUAUCAGCAACUAAGAAUCGUUACCACGAAACACCAGACCGACGUGAAAGUUAUAAGCACCAUGGCAAAGACACGAAAUACGAUCGUUAUGCUGGAAAGUAUGCCUUUGAGUAUCAUGUGGCAGAUGUGUAUUCAGCCAACGACUUCGGCCAUCAGGAGACUCGUAAUGAGUACCUAACUAAGGGCAACUACCAUGUUCGUUUACCUGAUGGUAGGCUACAAAAAGUUACAUAUCAUGUUGACGAGGGAGGUUACCAUGCCAAUGUGUCAUACGAACCGAACAACCAGUACUAUUACGUGUAAUACCAGAAUGACUAGUAAAUAAUCCAUCAGUGAAGGUGCCUCAUUAAAAAAAAUGUACGUAAAAAAGAAACCCACAGCCGGUCAGACAAAACGUGAACUGUACAUAAAAAGAUUUAAAAAAAAACAACAAGAGCGAAAGUGAAUAACUAGUGUAGGAAGAGUGUAUCAUCAUCUUUCGUAAUUUUUCGCAUAUAUCGUGAGAAAAGAGGGCACGAGUUGUACAUCAAGUUGCGUUUGCGCAAAUCUCGGUGAAUUCACUCAUGCCCCCUAUUCAGGCUCAAUCAUUAAAGUAUUAUUAUAUUAUAGAAACGUUUCAUCCUUUCU